GUGACCUAUCCGCGGCCUCUCUUGCAUCCUCUGAGUUGAUCGUAAAUUCCCUGUUAUUUUUCCCUAUUCCCUCAGCAAUUCCCUUUCCCUCUUUUCGUUCAUGUUGAGCGCCUGAAUCGUGUAUGUAGUGUCCUGUGAUUUUCCAAAAUGGUGGAAACAAAAACAGCAACCAUCAAAACCCGGCGUUGCAUGAGCAACAGGCUUCUAUGCAGAAAACAGAUGGUAGUUGACAUUUACCAUCCCCGUCAGAAAUCAGUAAAGAAGACAGAUGUCCGAGAAAAAUUAGCAAAAAUGUUCAAAACAACUCCAGAUCUAGUAUUCGUUUUUGGAUUUCACACUAAAUUUGGUGGCGGUAGGUCAGUAGGUUUUGGAUUAAUCUACGACUCUAUGGACAAAGCUAAGAAAUUUGAACCCAAAUACAGAUUAGCAAGGCACGGUCUCUAUGAAAAGAAACAGAUAGCCAGGAAACAGCGUAAAGAAAAGAAGAACAGAAUGAAGAAGGUCAGAGGAACGAAGAAAGCUAAAGUAGGAGCCGCAGCCAAGAAGGGAACUAAGAAAUGAGCAUCCCGUGCGAUUCCCAUCUUCAUUCUUAUUUGUAAUCCAACUGAAGACCCAACAACAUGUGACCUGAAACACCUCCGAAAAGUUUCGACAUAACUAAUUUUUGUUACAACAUUCUUUUUUAUUGCUAUUGAUAUUCCAAUAAAAAAUGAUCACUCUUUGAGUGAAACUCAAGCUCCA